AUGUUAUGCCCACUACCAAAAACCAGCGUUAAUGUGGCUCGCUAUCCGAAAUUUACGGAGCACUUAGCUUGGGCAGUCGACUACAAGAGAGAAGGAGCACGCCUGCAAGAAUAUGAUGAAUUCUGGCCAGUGCGAUGGUCGAGACAUUUCGUGUAUGGCGCGAAGGAAGGAGCUGUAGCUUCUUCCUUACCAGGUCCAGAUAGUAGCGAUGAACUAUAUGAUAAAUGGAGGCCUCCACCUUUACUUAUUUCAUUGCCAGUUAUUGGCACGGUAAGGUUUUCAUGA